AUGAUGUGGUACAAGGGGACUUAUUUUGAUGUAUCAGAUACUGAUUUUUCAGUCCCUAAUAUUCAUUUUUUUGUAGUGACAUUAGGGAACGCAAAAAAGAAGAAUAAAUUGACAUCGCCAAAGAUACAAAAGGAGAUUAUUGAAUGCUUUUCAAAGGAAGUAACAAAAAGCAUUUGUGCAGAAAUUAAAGAUGGUGUGUUUAGGUUGUUGGUAGAUGAAUCUAGUGAUGUUUCUUUGAAGAAGCAAAUGGCUGUAGUUGUUAGAUUUGUUGAUAAACUUGGGGUUGUUAGAGAGAAUUUUAUCGGAAUUGUUCAUGUGAAAGACACGGCUUCUACAACUUUUAAACAAGCCAUUGGUGAUUUAUUAGCAAGCAACCAGUUGAGCAUAAACCAAGUGAGAGGCCAAGCUUAUGAUGGUGAAAGCAACAUGCAGGGAUAAUUUAAUGGGUUAAAAGCGUUGAUAUUGAAAGAUAACCCGUCAACACAUUACAUCCAUUGUUUUGCUCAUCAACUUCAGUUGGUUACUGUCGCGUUUGCAAAAAUACAUUCCGGUGUCAAAACUUUCUAUGAAUUCCUUUCCAUGGUUGUCACUACGGUUUCAGCUUCUUGCAAACGAAAAGAUGUUAUGGGAGGAAAAAAGGCUAGAGUGGAAAAAGGGAUACUUAAAGGUGAAAUUAAAACGGGUAAGGGAUUAAACCAAGAGGUUUCCCUAGCACGAGCCGGUGAUAUGCGAUGGGGUUCACAUCAUAGAACCAUCAUCAGUUUGCUUAGAUUGUUUCCGGAAGUUGUUACCGUACUUCAAUAUGUUAAAGAAGAUGGAGAUUGCAGUCAACAAUGGACAAAUGCAAAAGCUUGUGAAGACGGAUUUACACAAUCGAAUCGGCCUGGAAUUCUUGAACAAUGCUAUGGUUUGUGCGGUCGAAAAGGAUUUUUUACGUGAAGUAAAAGACGACGAUGUGA